UUGUAACCGUUGUUUCAAAAAAUUAUUGCUCUUGUUGAACUUCGUUGUGUACGUUAUAAAACAGAUUAAAUUGAAUGAAAACUGAAAUCAACAUGAAAAGUAAAAAUAACAUACCUCAGAGCUCUGAUUCGGAUAACGAGUGUCUGGUUCGUCGUUCUAGUCGUCUGCGUACGAAGCGUUUAGAGGGUAAUGUCCCAGUUCCGGUCAAUACUAAAAUCGCAACUCGUCGAAGCAGACGUGUAUUGCGAAAACGACUCAAAGUGGUGUCUGAUGAGUGUGACACGAGCAGUGAAAGAAGAGAAUUGGUUGCACGUUCAUCCUCUGAGUCCAGCAAUAGCACCGAAGAUUCGGAUGAUCCGCUGGAGCAUAUUCAUGAGAUGAACAAUUUACCAAUCGUGAUUGCGCAAGUGCGCAGACUGACUGAACAGAUUUCGGAUGUAUGCAGUGAGCUGGAGCAGCUGCUGGUGGAUGACGGUCCCGACAGAACCGGACGGAUGGGAGAACUUAAAAAGAAGUUGAUGAACUUAGGUGUUCAGUGCCAGCUAGAAUCUUCUAAGGUACGCAAAACUCCUGAUAUGCGUAAAAAUCGAGCUAUUAAAAAGUUCAAAGCAGUAGUAGGUUGCCGAACCCGUACAGAUAGUAUCGAUUACACCGAUUAUACAUCGGCGAAUAUACUAAAGUCAAGUGGCGAUGAAAUCGAUAUCAAUGAAUUAAACAAAAACACAGAUCAACUGUCCCCAGUAGCUGAUACAUCCAAAGACAGCGGAAAUCCAUGUUCAGGGCAAGAUGUAUUGCCCGAAUUCAAAGAAAUCGGUAAAGAAUUUUCUCUAAAUAUGAAUUCACCGUUCGAUGAUAAUAAUGAACAUCAAAAGUCCUUGGUAACUUCCGAUAAUGUUAGAAAUUCAGAUACGAUGAAUGAAGUUGCUAACAGCCCAGAAAUUAUAAAUUCAGUGAUUAACGAUGACAUAUUUUGCUUGAUCCCGGACGAUUUGAACAAUGAUACUGACUCGAUUGCUGCUUCCGAAAUGAAACAUGCUUCUCAACCCACAGAAGUAUGUCGGCAAAUUAUAAAACAAGAGAUCAAUAACGAGCUUUACUACCAACCCGAACCAGCUUCUUCAAAAAAGCUUGACAUUAACUUAAUACCGAAGCACGAGUCAGUAGACAUGAAACAAAUUGCAAAGUGGGAAUCAAAUCCUAAUCGUGAACCAACCAAGGACGAAGUUCGCUUUAUCGUUCCACAUCAGCCCAAGUUCAGUGUUUGUCAUCGGCCUCAAGGAGAGAACCUGGAACUUACACUGAUGAAGAAGGAGAUUGAAAUGCGCCUUCGUGUAAACGAGCUUUCGUGGGUUACUCAACGUGCCGUAAGAGAUGAGAAUUAUCGCAAAAGAAAGGUUCAUAAAAACAAUGAGAACCUCGAACGGCAACUACAACGACGCGAGCAUAAAUUACUAACUAAUCAGCUGAUAUUAGAUUACGACAAAGAAAAGAAGACAUUCAUCAGAGUGCAUCCGGAAUUGUCGGGAAAAAUGAAACCGCACCAGAAAGAAGGCGUUAAAUUUAUGUACGAUUGUUGUUACGGGUGUGUUUCGGACAUCAGGACAUCCAAAGGAUCGGGAUGUAUUCUAGCCCAUUGUAUGGGGCUGGGUAAAACCCUUCAGGUCAUUGCAUUGGUUAAUACUGUAAUUUGCUAUCCCCAAUUGAACACCAAACGAAUUAUAGUGGUUUGCCCGAAAAGUACCGUAAUGAACUGGGCCCAAGAGUUUGAACAGUGGCUGGGUAGCAUCGACAGUGAUGUGCACUUGCACGUUACUUACUUUCCGGACAGUUCCAACAUCUACAAAAAACUCGAAGUCCUGAAAAACUUCCAUCAGGUGACUGGGAAAAAAGCCAACUGCUUAUUGAUUGGAUAUGAAGCGUACCGAGCGCUGGUGUUUUACGAUUCUAAAAACAGACAUGGUGAGCAACAAUCGGAUCGCAUACGUGCUGAAGUCCGACGGAUGCUGGUCAAUCCGGGUGCGGAUCUUGUGGUUUUAGAUGAAGGCCACAUAAUUAAAAAUCGAAAAUCUCAAACGAAUCUAGCGGUGGCCGAAGUAGCCUCCAAGCGAAGGAUCAUUCUUACCGGUACUCCCAUUCAGAAUAACCUCAAGGAAUACUUUUGUAUGGUUAGCUUUGUCAAGCCAGCAUUUUUGGGCAAUGAAAGGGAAUUCAAUGAACAUUACGCGAAACCAAUUAAAGAUGGCCAACACAAGGACUCCGAUCCAAUUGAAAUCAAAUUUAUGAAAACAAAAUCAUUUAUUCUGCAUAAACUGCUGGCAGAUUUUGUGCAACGGAAGGAGUUUUCCGUGUUGGAGGAAUUCCUGCCGAAAAAAUUGGAAUACGUGCUGUACGUACCAUUGACAUCGGUACAGGAAGAUCUUUAUGAAGAAUAUUUAAGAAGGUACCCGUUCAAACACGACAUUGGAGGUUUGAAUUUGCUGGAGGAUUACACAUUCCUGCGGAAAAUUUGGACUCAUCCUAUCGUUUUGGAACGAGCAUGGGAAAAUGCGAUGAAAAAAAAGUAUGGAAUACAAGAAAAACGUCGCGCAAUUCGUCAAGCACGCGGAAUCGAUAGCAGUUCCGACGACGAAGAUGACAAUGACGAGGAUCGGACUCGUUCUAUCACAAAUUUGUGGUGGAAACAAAUCAUUAGUGCAGAUGAUUUGGAAUCACUAUUCCCAAGCAAUAAAAUGCUGCUGCUGUUUGAGAUUCUGAGAAUGUGUCAGGAACGCGGUGAAAAGUGUUUGAUCUUUUCCGGUUUCGUUAUGGUUCUGAACAUGGUUGAACACUUCAUGAGAAAGAUUGACGAACAGAAUGACAAUGCCAAAGCCCAUCUUUAUGGUUUAUCGCGAUUCCGGGGCCCUUGGCGACCCGGAAUGGACUACUAUCGCAUCGAUGGUGGUACUGCCAAAUCUAUCCGACACGAGAUGGUGACCAAGUUCAAUGAUCCUAAAAAUCAUGUCACGAGAGUUUUCCUCAUUUCAACUAAAGCCGGUGGACAAGGUAUCAAUCUAGUUGGCGCAAACCGGGUUAUUAUUCUAGAUACCUCCUGGAACCCGGCUGUUGAUCAGCAAGGAAUUUUUCGCAUUUACCGUUUGGGUCAGGAAAAGACAUGCUAUAUUUAUCGGUUGCUAGCCAUUCAUACCAUGGAAGAGAAAGUGUACUCCCGCGCAGUUACCAAACAAGCGAUGAGCCAUCGGGUGGCAGAUAAGAAACAGGUUGAUCGAAACUACAGCAUGGCUGAGUUAGAGGAACUGUAUCACUUUGAACGUGUUGAUAUGGGUGCUCGCGAAAAUCUAGCCCCAGCCGAAGACGAUCUACUGUCCACGCUUUUGUGGAAGCAUCCUAAUCUCAUCUAUCGCUACCAUACGCAUGAAAUGAUGCUGGACAACAAAACCGAACAGGAUUUAACCGAAGUUGAGAAAAUGUGGGCUUGGGCAGCGUUCAAGAAAAAGGGUUUACCGAGUCUUGAACUGGGAACCUUGGACAGCCAACCUAUGAGCCAAAUGUCGAGCACAGAGUCACAGCAGUUCGAGCCUGAAAAUGAAUUCUUCGAACGGUUGUUCAGAAGAGAUUUUAUUGAGGAAACUUCCGACAUUAAACCUGGAACAGCGGAUGCAGGUUCACAGUCUGACAGCCGAACCAUAACAUCUGAUUCCGAAACGGAUGGAAAUAAUUCCGUUAUUUUCGGUGAAGAUCCAUACAAAGACUCCGGCGCUGGCGGUGUAAGUAUAAUCGAAGAACAACGAUUAAAGCUGAAAAUCAAAUCUGAGUCAACGAGAGAGAAGCUCUCCCAAGUGACUGUUACCAAGGACGAGAUUGAUUUAUUGCGCGAACUCGAAGAGGACUCGAUUUCGACGUCUACUACUCAAUCGAAGCUGAGCGCUAGUGAGCUUGUUCCUGAAAAUGAAACAUAUCGUACUACUUUUAUUGAUUCGUGCGACCUGCUCAAUCUUUCCUACGAUGGUGAUCAUGAGGGACGUAUCAUGGAUUCACAAGACUUACAAAAUGAGAUCUCAUCAAAGUUGCGCACUUCGGAGGCAGAACAAUCCAUACAAAGUUUAGCAGCCGUUACAAACAAUUCAUUCUCUUCGCUAAUCGAGUACGAUUCGGUUGGCGAUAGCCAGGAAAUCAAGGCAAUGGCUGUCGGAUCUGGUGGGGUCUCAACCAACCGAAACAUAAUUGUUUCUCCGUCCUACGAAAAAUUUGUUACCAAUAUGAAGGAUUGCAAAACUGCCACCAGUACGGUAAAACCGUCGACAGUGUUGGUUACGGUGGCAGCCAGCAGCCCGGCCGUUGAUGCUACAACAAUAACACCGAUAAUGACACGUAGCGCCAAGCGUAAAACUGUUGUAAUGCCGAAACCUGGUGUCCACCAGAAGAGGAAGCGAGUUUCCUAAAAGCAAAGAAAAUAUUCAAUAUUCUGAAUAUUUUGAAAACUUAAAUGCUACGAAAGCCCAAUCUCCUAAUAUUGGCUAGCAAACCAAGAUCUACUUGAAGGUCGCCCCAUUUCACACUACAUAGUUGCUUUUUUACCUAAAGAGUCGAAUACCGACAGAUCUCAAUUUCGAAAGCGACUUGCUGAUCUAGACUUUACACGAUUGUUAAGUAAGAAUGAAUGCAUCAGAAUAUCUAACGUUGAUAUGUUUGAAAUCGAAAAUAAUUUCAACCCGUAUUGAAAAUUCAUAUUCGAUUUAUCGAUUCUAUACGCUUUUGAAUGAUACAUACUGGAUAAAAAUCCAUUGUUAUUAUAAUACUGUGUUUGCAGAAUUAAUGAUCAUAGUAAGUGA